AAUCAUGCUUCAGCGCCAAGUAUAAAUGACGGAAAUUUCCUGUAACGGCGCAUAGUGCAUUCUACAACAGCGUGCGAUCGCUUUCAAAUCGAACGAAAGUCCGUUAACGACAAAAUGUCAAAAAUAAUCUGGUUAUUCGUGUGCGCAAUAUAUUUGCAGUUUGCAUUUUGUCUGCCAACUGCAGAAACUCAAAGUGCUCUCAAGGACAGCAGCAGCACCGAGCAGAAUGCGUUGGCGCCAGCGAAAGGCAAAGAUGCACCAAAACCACUGACCUUGGAAGAGCAAAAUUUGAUCACACGUGAACGCAAACGACUCUCAGCUAUGAUAUCCGCAGGCGACAGAAAGCAUCAGGAAUUUAUAUUAAAAGAGAGUAAUAAAAUUGCGAAAGACAUACUUGCCGAUCCGGCGAUUAGUAGUAUAGACACCGUUGAUGGUAAGCAGGAACGGGCAAUCCUUGAGACAUAUGUCCAGGAUUCGGAUGACAUUCUUAACGAUGUAGGCAAAAAAUGCAUUAAGCGUGUGCUUAAAGACUUCUACACGUUUGUCAACAGACACAAUUCAAGCAAAGACAAGCCAAUAUAUGCACAUGAUAUUUGGUACAAAGCUUUGGAGACACAUGGUAUGAAUCAGCUCGAGGCUGAGGAAGCGAAAUUAUUGAACGAAAUCAGUUAUCAGUAUGCGGAUGAAUUCGAAAAGUAUCUCAAGUUGCUUUCGCCAGCGGGUCUGGAGAAAGAAAAGGAUUUAGUGUAUGUACAUGAGACCUAUUUGGAAAAUAAAGAUGUUAUGGAUAAGGCGGAUUAUGGUUAUCGUUACGUUAGCUUUUUCUACGGACCACAAGCUGAGGAUUAAAAGGAAUAAUGUAUAAAGAAAGCUUGAAGCUUGCUAUAAAAUUUAGUAAUAUUAUUUUAGUUAUUGCAUUUUGAAUGGUUUAUAUAAUAAAUAGUUAUAUUUUGAA